AUGGGAAACUUGAAUAAGAUAUUAGAUGGGUUGAAGCCGAUGAUGAUGAUGGUGACCGUGCAAUUAGCUCUCACCGGAGUUAAUAUUCUCUACAAAAUGGUCGCAAACAAUGGCGUGAGCUUGCCCAUUUUGAUCGCUUACCGCUUCCUCUUUGCCGCUGCCACGGUUAUCCCUCUCGCCCUCGUCCUCGAAAGGAAAAGCAGGCCUAAAUUGACUUGGAAGAUUAUCUUGCAGGCAUUUGCUUGUGCUUUGUUUGGCGGAUCCAUGGCCCAAAACUUAUACGCAGAAAGCUUAGUGUUGACCUCAGCCACAUUUGCCGCAGCUAUAUCCAAUCUCAUUCCCGCCAUCACCCUUAUCCUCGCUGUUAUUUUUCGGCUGGAGGCGUUGGGGUUGAAGGCAAUGGCUGGUAAAGCAAAGUUGAUGGGAACAUUUUUUAGCAUAGGAGGGGCUAUGCUUUUGACUUUUUACAAGGGGCCUAAAGUCAAUUUCUUGUCAACCAACAUUGACCUCCUCCACAAGAGUCAAACAUCUGAGGGACACGUGGCGGCAGCCCACCACAGCUCCGGGAGCAUGGUUUUGGGCCUUCUGCUGGCGCUUGCUUGCUGCUUCUCUAUAUCUGUCGGAUUGAUUGUUCAGACUAAGAUGAGUGAGUCAUAUCCAUGUCAUUAUUCGAGCACAGCAUUGAUCGCAGCCAUUGGAUCUGUUCAAGCUAUUGUUUAUGCUGUUUGCAUUGAAAGAGAUCGGAGCAAGUGGAAAUUGGGGUGGAACCUCACACUUCUCACCGCUGCUUACAUGGGAGUUUUGGCAUCAGGAAUAAUGUGGGUGUUCAUCAUGUUGUGUGUGAGGAUGAGAGGGCCGCUUUACGUGUCGGUUUUCAAUCCGUUGCUACUCGUCCUCGUCGCGCUUGCAGGAUCCUUGUUUCUAAAUGAGAAGUUGUACUUAGGAAGUGUGGUGGGGGCUGCAGUAAUAGUGUGUGGACUGUACUUAGUUUUGUGGGGCAAAGGCAAAGAAAUGAAAAAAAUGAGUCGUUUGAUGGCAUCAAAGAAUGCAACCAUUGGAGAAACUACAAGAGAAAGCUUCAAAGGUUUGAGUCAUGGUAACAAUGUUGUGGUUGUUACUCCAAAUUUUGUCCCAGAACUCGAGAGUUCAGAUGUCUUUGAUGAAGACCAAGAACAAGAAGAUUCAGAGCCUAAGGUUUCUAUCACAAAUAUCAAGUCCUAA